GUUAAGAAGGCUUAUCUUGGGGCACGCACGUCAGUCAGCCAUGGAUACGGCAGUGGAUAAGCCAGAUGGGAAAGCCACCAUUUUCAGUCAGGACAACCCACACUACGACCUGGACAUGAGACUCAACAGGGCUGAUCACUUCGAGCUUGAAAGCAGCGAUUUCAAAAAGAUGGAGAGGGAAAAACCAGGUGGAAGGAAGAAAUGUCUUGCUUUCAUAGUGAUCUAUCUAAUCCUGCUGACAGCACUCAAUUCAUUCCUGCUUUACAAAGUGUUAACAUUGCAGAAUGAGCUCCACCGCAUCGCUCACGGGUCGGCCGCAGCCGAUUGGCCGUCGUCCUCCACCAAUGAGUUCCUGCACGCGGGGCCCCCCCCAAACAGGGGCAAAGGCCGCCCCCCGCCGCUAAGGAACGCCAGCCUGGAGACGGCCUCCUUGCGGGAGAGCCUGGGGACCCUGGAGGCCCGGGUGGACGUCCUGUGCGGGGGGCCGGGGGGGUUGGGACAGCUGAGGGCGGAGCUGGGCGCGGUCAACGCCAGCACCGCCCUCCUGCAGAACAGACUGCUCGACCUGAACUCCAAACCAGGUCCUCCUGGUACACCUGGACCACAGGGACCAAAGGGAGACUCUGGUACUAAGGGUGUCGCAGGCUCAAAGGGUGAGCAAGGUGAUCAAGGCUUACCAGGACCCCAGGGGGUAGCAGGUGCACAAGGAGAAAAGGGAGAUCCAGGUGAACCCGGAGGGACGGGUCCGCGUGGCGCCGACGGGGAGAGAGGAGAGCCCGGGCCAAUCGGCCCACCUGGACCGACAGGAUCCGAAGGGCCACCUGGACAGACAGGUUCAAAGGGUGACCCAGGAGAACAGGGGGCACCUGGACACCCAGGUGCCCUAGGUGCAAAGGGAGAGACUGGCAGUACAGGCCCCCCAGGACCGAUGGGACAGGCAGGAGAGAAGGGAGACCAAGGGUUCCAGGGAAUACCAGGGCCUCCGGGAGAACCUGGCUCCACUGGACUAAGGGGUCCCAAGGGGGAAACUGGAGCUCCAGGCAGAUUUGGGCUGGCGGGGGUGCCAGGAGUCCCAGGGAUGAAGGGGGAGAAGGGUCUGAAGGGAGACACAGGCCUUCAAGGGCAGAAAGGGUCACCAGGAAUCCAGGGACCUACGGGUCUAAAAGGGGACAUGGGACGGUCAGGGUCAAAAGGGGACACAGGACGUCCAGGGGCCACAGGAAGUAAAGGAGAACGGGGGGACAGGGGACUGCAGGGGGAACAGGGCAGGCCUGGCCCCCAGGGGCCACAGGGGGAGAAAGGAUCAGCCACCCAGGCAGCGUCGCCGGUGGUGAGGAUAGCUGGAGGGGGGUCCCGAGGCCGGGUGGAGGUUUUCCAUGAGGGCCUGUGGGGGACAGUUUGCGACGACAGCUUCGACACCCUGGACGGGACGGUCAUCUGUCGAAUGCUGGGCUACACGCGGGCCACCAGCAUUUUCACCGCUGCUGCAGGAACAGGGAGAAUCUGGUUGGAUGAACUGGGGUGUACUGGCAGGGAGAGCAGUAUCUUCCUGUGCCCACACAGUGGAAGCGGGGUCCACAACUGCAACCACCAGGAAGACGCAGGCGUGACAUGCGUUUAACAGCCAACACAGGGUUGUUAUUGCAGUCAGCCAUUUUAGCGAGUAGACUGGCUGGCUGGCUGGCUGGCUGGCUGAUUGACUGACUGAUUGGAGACACUGGAGCCCAAUAAGCUUUGAGAUAUGUUUUACUUUCAUUUGGAAGGUGUACCAGGUGUACCAUCAUAUAACUUGGUAUAUCCAAAGGCAGAAAGUGAUGCAUUUAAGAAUCAGUGUGAAGCCAUACACAAUCCCCCUACCAGCAGCAAUGCUGUAGGUAGCAGUCCUCCUCAGCUGGAUCUUUAGUACAGCACUGUUUCUGUUUAUAAAAAAAAUAGCAAUGAUAUUAUAACCUUGAUAUUAUGAGCAUUACUAAUAAUAUUGUUGUCAGGAGAGCUGCGUCAUAUCUGCUUGUUGCUGUUUGACACGCUCAAACGUUUCUCUGGGCACGUCUCUUUGUUUCAUUUUUCACUAGGUAGUGUAAAAUCUAUAAAUACUAAACUUUUUUUUUUUUUUUAAAUGUAUUUUAUGUGUGACCUUGGAUUAACUGGCUGCUGUCCUUGUGUCAGCAAAAACCUGGGUUUCAUCUAAGUAUCCUGUAAGUUUUCUGAAAUAAAUAAACGCUGAAAAGUA